AUGAGGAGAGAGCCAGAAUCAGUUUGCCCAGAAGGAAGAAGAGGCUCCGGCGUCCCCGAGGCUGGGAGCAGAAGAGAACUGUGGGAAGGAAGAGUGCAGAAGGGCCUGGGAGAGGAUUUUCUCCCUUCAGAUGUGCAGCGCCAGCAAUUCAGGCACUUCCGCUACCAGGAGGCCGAAGGGCCCCGAGAGGUGCAGGAAAAGAUCACACAGGAGCAUGACAACAGAGCAGCUUUUCCCGGCGGGGCCUUGACAGAAGUGAUCUGUUCUUUGCCAUCUCCUUGCGGAAGACAGAAGGCGGUUUGCGUGUGGCCAGAUCGGGCUCCGGUGACCUUCGAGGAGGUGUCCGUGCAUUUCACGGAGGAGGAAUGGGCUCUGCUGGGUCCGGACCAAAGACUCCUUCACGAGGAAGUAACGGAGGCCAAUCGUCAGGCUGUGGCCUCUCUGGAUACUAUUACUCAAUGGAGGAUACAUAGCAAAAAGAAAAUAUAUCAGUUCCUGGAGAGUGGGAAAAGCUUGAGUCACAGUGGAAAACGUACAGUCCAUCAAAAGAUUCACACAGGGGAGAAACCUUACAAAUGCCUGGAGUGUGGGAAAAGCUUCAGUCAGAGUGGAAACCUUAAUUCCCAUCGAAGAAUCCACAUCGGUGAGAAACCAUAUAAAUGCCUGGAGUGUGGCAAAAGCUUCAGUCGGAGAGGAAAUCUUAAUUCCCAUAGAAGAAUCCACAUCGGUGAGAAACCAUAUAAAUGCCUGGAGUGUGGAAAAAGCUUCAGUCAGAGUGGAAACCUUAAUUCCCAUCGAAGAAUCCAUACAGGUGAGAAAUCAUAUAAAUGCCUGGAGUGUGGGAAAAGUUUCAGUCGAAGUAAUACCCUUACUUCCCAUAGAAGAAUUCACAUAGAGGAGAAGCCACAUAAAUGCCUAUAUUGUGGGAAAAGUUUCAGUCAAAGUAAUAGGCUUACUUCCUAUAGAAGCAUUCACACUGGGGAGAAACCAUACAAAUGCCUAGAGUGUGGGAAAAGUUUCAGUCGAAGUGAUAAGCUUACUUCCCAUCAAAGAACUCACACAGGGGAGAAACCAUACAAAUGCCUAGAGUGUGGGAAAAGCUUCAGUGAGAGUGGACACCUUUCUUCCCACCAAAAGAUUCACACAGGGGAGAAACCAUAUAAAUGCCUGGAGUGUGGGAAAAGUUUCUGUCGGAGUGGAAACCUUAAUUCCCAUAGAAGAAUCCACAUCGGUGAGAAACCAUACAAAUGCCUAGAGUGUGGGAAAAGUUUCAGUCGAAAUGAUAAGCUUACUUCCCAUCAAAGAAGUCACACAGGGGAGAAACCAUACAAAUGCCUAGAGUGUGGGAAAAGCUUCAGUGAGAGUGGACACCUUUCUUCCCACCAAAAGAUUCACACAGGGGAGAAACCAUAUAAAUGCCUGGAGUGUGGAAAAAGCUUCAGUUGGAGAGGAAAUCUUAAUUCCCAUAGAAGAAUCCACAUCGGUGAGAAACCAUAUAAAUGCCUGGAGUGUGGAAAAAGCUUCAGUCGAAAGAGCAAUUUAUCUGCCCAUCAAAAGAUUCACACAGGGGAGAAACCUUACAAAUGCCUGGAGUGUGGCAAAAGCUUCAGUCAGAGAGGAAAUCUUAAUUCCCAUAGAAGAAUCCACAUAGGUGAGAAACCAUAUAAAUGCCUGGAGUGUGGAAAAAGCUUCAGUCAGAAUGGAAACCUUAAUUCCCAUAGAAGAAUUCACACAGAGGAGAAGCCACAUAAAUGCCUAGAUUGUGGGAAAAGUUUCAGUCGAAAUGAUAAGCUUACUUCGCAUCAAAGAAGUCACACAGGGGAGAAACCAUACAAAUGCCUAGAGUGUGGGAAAAGUUUCAGUCGAAGUGAUAAGCUUACUUCCCAUCAAAGAAGUCACACAGGGGAGAAACCAUAUAAAUGCCUGGAGUGUGGGAAAACCUUCCGUCAGAGUGGAAACCUUAAUUCCCAUAGAAGAAUCCACAUAGGUGAGAAACCAUACAAAUGCCUGGAGUGUGGGAAAAGUUUCAGUCGAAGUGAUAAGCUUACUUCCCAUCAAAGAAGUCACACAGGAGAGAAACCAUACAAAUGCCUAGAGUGUGGGAAAAGCUUCAGUGAGAGUGGACAACUUUCUUCCCACCAAAAGAUUCACACAGGGGAGAAACCAUAUAAAUGCCUGGAGUGUGGCAAAAGCUUCAGUCAUAGAGGAAAUCUUAAUUCCCAUAGAAGAAUCCACAUCGGUGAGAAACCAUAUAAAUGCCUGGAGUGUGGAAAAAGCUUCAGUCAGAGUGGAAACCUUAAUUCCCAUCGAAGAAUCCAUACAGGGCAGAAACCAUAUAAAUGCCUGGAGUGUGGCAAAAGCUUCAGUCAGAGAGGAAAUCUUAAUUCCCAUAGAAGAAUCCACAUCGGUGAGAAACCAUAUAAAUGCCUGGAGUGUGGAAAAAGCUUCAGUCAGAGUGGAAACCUUAAUUCCCAUCGAAGAAUCCAUACAGGUGAGAAAUCAUAUAAAUGCCUGGAGUGUGGGAAAAGUUUCAGUCGAAGUGAUAGCCUUACUUCCCAUCAAAGAAGUCACACAGGAGAGAAACCAUACAAAUGCCUAGAGUGUGGGAAAAGCUUCAGUGAGAGUGGACACCUUUCUUCCCACCAAAAGAUUCACACAGGGGAGAAACCAUAUAAAUGCCUGGAGUGUGGGAAAAGCUUCCGUCAGAGUGGAAACCUUAAUUCCCAUAGAAGAAUCCACAUAGGUGAGAAACCAUACAAAUGCCUGGAGUGUGGGAAAAGUUUCAGUCGAAGUGAUAAGCUUACUUCCCAUCAAAGAAGUCACACAGGAGAG